AUGGAGGAUCCCAAAAAGUACGGAGGGGGAAGGGAGUCAAGAUGUGAGCAAAACAAAAGCGACACAAACAAAGCAGAAAAGUUGGAGUUCUCCCCGAGCUGGACUGCGAAGCGGAGUCCCUCUGGCCACUGUCAAAGCCGUAAUCGAGCGAAUAGGGCCAUUCCAAUUGGCUGCUUCAUCCCUCACCCGUCGGGAAAUUCGGGUCCGACUGCCGAGAGACGAAUCCCAAUUCCCGCAUUUCAAACUCCGCCAUCCUUAUCUUAUCGGAUGCGCCCUGGCCUAUCGCCUCUCAGCGCGGCGAGGGCUCCUUUUUCGACGGCGUCGGCCGUGCUGAAAGCCCCUCCAGCGGGCUUUACAUAUUUUCCAAACUUUUUGUCGCGGCAGGAGCAGCUUUUGCUGACGAGAGCAGCGCUCGACCAUCUCGAUAAUGCCGUCGGUUCGCCCGCAACACGUAAAAGACGUAAGCGAUUGCUUGCUACUGGAUCCGUAUCGCCAAACGAAUGGGGAUUUCUACCCGAAAAAGAGUGUUAUGAUUUCGAAGAGGGACACUUUGAUGGAGUUAUCAGAUACUAUCGAGAAGCUCGAGUAACAGACGCACAGUGGGCCUCCUUCCCGGACCCUGGCCUGCAGGACACCCUUGCCAGAGUACGCUCGCUGCUGCCGCCGCAAACACCCCUCCAGACACAUGUUCUCCACCUGUCGGAACGUGGUGAAAUUCUGCCCCACAUCGAUAAUGUCGAAGCGAGCGGCUCGAUCAUCCUGGGCCCAUCUACUCGAGCCCGGAAGUUGCUAUAUACAACGGUAAUCAUCAGUCUGCUAAGCGCGUCCUUUGCCCUCCGAUCACUGAUCCACAUCUCCUAUGACACUUAG